GUCUAGCAACCAUGAAGAAAGAGCACAAAGCAGCGUUCAGCGGGCUUCCUCGUGGUUUCUUGUGUUCAACUCAUGUGUAUGUUAUCGUUGAGUUUAAUCGGCAAGAUAUACUGCAUCUCGUGCGUGACGUUUGUUGAUGUGUUCGCUAUUCGUCUGACGACGCAAAAGCUGUUGUGCCAGUGCCGUGACUACAUGCCGUACAACUUGCCGGACCAGCCCGGACCAGGACCAUGCCGAAAUUGGUGUCUCAUGUCAAGCACACACAAGAAAAGGCGCUGCAGCAUUUGCAGCACAUCACUUCACGGUAUAUGUGAAAGCAUACUUCGGCAAAUAAGGAAUACACCAGAAGGACACCACAGGACGCUUCAGAGUCUGGAUGUACCAUAUCUGAUGAAAAUCUUGCACCACAGAGGCUGCUCGAUGGAUGGAUGGGUUACAACCCUGAUGAAGCAGCGAAGUUCAAGGGAACAACAGGUGCACGACACUAUCAUUGCUGGACAAAAUUGAGGUUGAACAGAAAGAUGCCGCACAGGGAACGAGCAUGUCACUCAAACUGUUUGGCCGGAAAUCCUGGAGCAAGAGGAAACUUCCGCACAAGACUACAAAAAAAAGUAGACUUAGAAGUCCAUGUAUACGGGAGAGCACCUUUGGUGGAAGAGGCUUGUCGGUCGACACUGUUAUUUGGUUCACCUUGGCAAUUACUAUUUUAUCCCCGUGGAUAAAUUCACGUACAUUCAGCAGGGAACAACAGACAUAAAGCUUGUCAAAGACCUGGCACGCCACCUCUGGACGCCAGAGGAAAUGACUACAAGAAGCAUGACUGGCAAACCAUGUCGCAGGCCGGGAGUGACCGCUGGCUUGAAGUACCAGGCAACCCCUGAAAAGCUGGAGGCCGUAACAAAUGGCCGCUCAAAGUACAUCGACAGCCACCCCACCGAGGUGCCGAAAGAUGUGCGCAUGAGAACUGUCCGAAAAACGCUAAGUGAUUUUUUUGCUGAUGUCGCCCGCUAUGGAAAGCGGAGGAAAACAGUACCAUAAAUAAAGAAACUAUGUAACAUUA